AUGGUCUUCGGUCGUCGCAAGAGAAGUGCCUCUGCCCAUCACCAGCCACUCUCCACACCCGCCGCACAAUCCGCCCAGUCUGCCGCCAGCCAUGCUUUCCUGAAUUCCCAACCCUCCACAGCCAGCUUGUCCUCCGCGGCAGCGGCAGCUGCACUCCGCAACUGCACACCCACCCCGACCCCAAUUGAAAAUGUCCAGACAAAGCGCAUGGUCCAGCGGCGGAGCUCGACCCAGUCGCAGGUUAACCCCGUUGGGGGUCGCCGCUCGGCCAGCGUGGGUGGGACGCUGCGCCGCUCCAGUAGCAAUAGUUCGAUGAGCGCACGCACCUUUCGCGACCAGUCCCCCCAUCGCCCAGCUACCAGCUCUGGGCCCAUCAGGCCUAGACAUGAACCCAUCAAUGUGCCUCCAUUACCCACUCUCCCAACGCAGUUUUCGCAGCGGAAGCUGCCGAACCGACGUGCGAUGAGUAUGGAACCGUCAAUGCGUUCGCCUCCAUCGUCUCCACCGCGCUCUGGGAUGAAGGGCGUGGAUCGGGAACAUGCGCGAGGGUCUCCGAUUCAGCUAGCUACACAUCAACGUGUGACUAGUCUUGGGACUGUUCCAGAACUAGAACGAUCGGCGAGUCGGAACUCAGUGAAUUUUUCGUACCCCAUGGGCUCGCGGCCUACCUCGCCGAUUACAAUGCCUGAGAAUAAUCCGAUGAGCCUCCAUGAUGCUAUUCAAGAAUCGAUUGCUGAGGUAUCUGACAAAUUUCCAAAAGGGAAACCUAGGGCACAACCAUCUGCCAGCCUAGAUGAAAGCCCCGUCGCAAACAAAUCUGGUCUUUUGGCUGGCACUGCAGGUGCUGCGGCCCUAGCGGUUGGCGUGUCAAAGGACAGCCCAAGUGCAAAUGGUCGGGCUGGGAACGUGCGAAAUUCGCUUAUAGAAUCCGAUUCCCUAGACCGAUAUACCGGUAACGCCAUGCCUGCUGUGGCCAGCGUGGAAAGUGAACACCCAUCCUCCCGAGUUCUUCCUGAGCGGUGGCCAUCCAUCGUUCGAGAAGAAGAGGCCGAAGGUGACGACACAAUUGUCCAAGAUAUUCCCAUACGACAAGGCAGAGACCGAACAACGAGUGCAUCGCCAACUGCUGAUCACGUAGAGGCAGCGCCAGUGCCCUCAUCACCCUCUUCGGAACUCCAAAUAGGACAGCCGCCAAAUCGUCAAUCGAGCAGCCCAGGUAGAACUGCCCGUUUUUCCAGAUUGCUCUCUGUAGCUGGAGCCGGUGAUCAAAUUCACCAGCCUCCACCCAGAUCGGUGUCUCCUGUCAAAUCGGCCUUGAAACACCCAAGGGGAACAUCUUUAUCACCUGAUGGGAGGCUUGGGGCGACUGGUCGAGCUGUACCAUCGAAUGAGCUAUCAGAUGGUACCUCAGUGGCCUCAGACGAAGGAUCUCGAGUUGACAGUAGAAAGAAGUCUGUCAAGGUCAGCUUCGAUGACGAGGCUGAAGUCGUCAAUCUGGCAGCCAGCCCUCCUACCUCCCCAGAAGAAUAUACACCUGAUUCUCCGCCCGGCGGUAAAGACAAGCCUCGUAUGAGUUGGCUUGGUGCUGGCAAGAAGAAGUCACCUGUGGAGUUUGCGAGUGACGAUGACUGGGAUGUAGUCAUCAAACCCCGACAGGUUCUUCCUUCUUUCGGAAGCAUUCGGGGAAGCCGAGGCGGUGGCCUUAAGAGGUCGCCAAUCCCAGAUUUCAGUGACAAUGAGUCAAGCUCUUCGUCUGCAUCCGAGAUGGCGCCGAGGCCGGAUAUGUCGCUCUCAAAUGAAUACUUCCAACCGCGCGGUUUGAACGCUCUAGAGCAGUUAUCCAUCAAUGGCAGUCUGCACACUUCGCAUCCGAAUACCGUCCCUCAGGACAAACGAGAAGCUGGACUCGCCGAUGAUAUUACUGAGAAGCAGCCGUAUUCUAGCGUGGGCUCAAAAUUAUCUGUGCCUGCUAUUGCUGUCGAACCUGCUACGCCCCCAGCAGACGGAACCAGACAAAGUUUCGACGUGAAGAGAUCUAGCAUGGACCAGUAUAGGAUUCCGGGCGGGUUCCUGCCCUCCAGCUCAGACCGCACUCUCGAUUCGACUGCGAAGAAGACUAGCACCCAGGCCGUGGCGAGUGCCGUUCCAAUGCUGGAUGACGUGGAUACAGAGGAGGAGUCUGGUGAUAGCGUCUACAGCGAUGCAGCGGAGGACAUGGAUGGGGAUGGGUUUGGAUCCAUCAAUGCUAUUGUCGAUAGCCGGUCAGCCCCUAGGUCCGCACCGUCUGAAGAGAUUGCGAGCGGAUCCCGGGACGCAACACCGAGACCUAUCGGCAGAGCCGCCAUGGUGGAUAAUCAGUCACAAAAUGUGACUGAUCAACCACUUGAGGAGCGCUCCAUGACACCGACUCAAGGCACUGUCAACCGCCUUGUAGAGGAAUCCCCUGCCUCUUCGGUUGGCCAUGAGCUGGGUUCCACAUACCCGCCAGUGCCAACCCGGUUGCAAACCCGCAAUGCGGCUGCCCAAAACCCCAGCGUCCGGACACAGCCCACCAUGCGAACCCGCCCUAUGUCGGUGGAUGUGAAUAGCGCGUCUCGUAUAGAGGAUCCCCGCUGGUCGAGCAACGAUGCUUCUCCGCGAAGUAGCAAAGCCAAACCCCGUCCACUGUCUCUUGGCCCAGUUUUCCACAAUGUAGGAGGACAAGCAGGUAUCCCUGGCACUCUUCGCCGAAAAAUGUCAAAUGGAAGUGAUUCCUCCAGCAGUUUUAAACGCUCUUCUCCGCGUGCAGAUACCCACUCCAUGCGACGGACAAUGAGAUCUGGUGCUUCUGGUGCUAAUGUUCGAGUCCAAUCUCCAACAGAGCGCAACGAGUCUCCCCUUGAACAUCGUCCUCUUUCAUCUGGCUCCUCGAAUGGCACAAUGCGCAAGACUCUCCGAGGACCUACUGGGGGUGAGCGAUAUUCGUUCUUUUCAACAAACAAGAAGACCCCACCAAGAGCGAAGUUCACCAAGGCACCCCCUAAGUCGGCGCGCGCAACUCGGUUUGCAAAUUCAGAUGACGAGGAUGAAGCCCGACCCCAGGUAUUCACCAGUCGAUUUGCAGAUUCCAGCGAUGAAGAUGAGCCCGGAAGUAAUCAGUUACGCCCUGUCCGUGGUAUCCCCCGUCGCCAAGGUGCUGAUGACGGUGACUCAACAGAGUUGGAAGAUAGUUCAGAAGAGAGCGCCCGGCAGCAAGCACACCUGGUGUUUGCAUCCAAUUCAGUACUCUCUUCAUCCGGGUCCCGCAAAACGCACGCACCAAAUAUGUCUGGAAUGGCAGCUGUAGCCAAACAACGUGGCAUGUCGCAGCGAGACUUGGAGGAGUUCAUCAUGGCGCCUCCCCAAGGUCGAAAGCAAGGACUUCUCACCCGACUUGGGAUCAAAAAAUCUCAUGGGGUUCGCGAAGCUGACUCCCAGAGUCCCCUAGAGCGGUCACGUCUGGAACCCGAUCAAUUCCGCGGCGAGGGCAUGGUGAAUGGGAACCACGGUAUCACCACAACUACAGUGUCUGCCGGGAAUCCAGAGCCGACUCGUUCGUCCAAGCUGGUGAAGAGACAGUCUAAACGUCAGUCGACAGGACCAGACACUUGGCCCCUUCACCACAACGCCAAGGAACAAGAGCCUAUCCAGCCAGUUGCGGAACAGCCACACAGCGCCCCGUCGUCUGCUCUCCAAGCGCAGAAUCCCGCGCCGACGACACAUGGUGCAGGCGCAGCACAAAAUGGAAAUGUCGUUGUCAAUGGCAAUGGCGCUCACGGUGCAUCUCCGAUUGUGAAGGAGCCCGAGGCGCCCCGCGGUGGACCAGAUCCGAACAAUGACAGCACCCCUGAAGUCACGAACCCCGAUGAUCAUAGGCUUUCGGCGCGCGAUAUCGUGAUUGCUGGCUCGGGACGAAAGAAAAGAUUUCCUCUUCUUCGGAAGGCAUUCGGACUGCGCGGUUGA